UUCCCCAGCUUGAGCAGCGGGGAGGGCAGGAGCUCAGACUAUGUUACUCAGCAUUUCAUUCUCGGCGUCAGUCAAAGGAGUCGGGGGCACCAGGACCCGCAGUGGCCACUGAGACAGGACACAAAGGGACCCUGAUGGCAGUCUCAUCACCUCCCUUCUACUGUGCCCGGCGAGCAUGGACCUGGGAAGAGCCAGUGGCACCUCCAGCCUAAUUGCGGAUCCCUAAUUAUAGCGGGCACAGUGAGUGAGGGCGCUGGAUCAUGGAAUAUUUUUUAUUUUUGUGGGGCAUACGGAAAGUUGGAUGUGGGUUGCAGAAGGAAAAGCAAGCAUCCAGCUGCUGCCUGUGACUCAGUAACUUUGUGUGUGUAACAGUGGAGUAUAAGAGGAUACACUAUACAGCCAUGUAUGCGUCACCUUUAUGUCUGACACAGGAUGAAUUUCACCCUUUUAUUGAAGCCCUACUCCCUCAUGUACGAGCUUUUGCCUACACCUGGUUCAACCUUCAGGCACGAAAAAGAAAAUAUUUCAAGAAACAUGAGAAAAAAAUGACUAAAGAGGAAGAGCGAGGUGUAAAGGAUGAACUGUUGAACGAGAAAGCAGAGGUUAAGCAGAAAUGGGCAUCACGUCUUUUAGCAAAGCUUCGCAAAGAUAUCAGGCCAGAGUUUCGGGAGGACUUUGUGCUAUCUAUUACUGGAAAGAAGGCAGCCAGUUGUGUCCUCUCAAACCCGGACCAGAAGGGCAAGAUGAGGAGAAUAGACUGUCUACGACAGGCAGAUAAGGUGUGGAGGUUGGAUCUUGUUAUGGUAAUCCUUUUCAAAGGCAUUCCAUUGGAGAGCACGGAUGGAGAGAGACUUGUGAAAGCAGUUCACUGCUCAAACCCCCAGUUGUGUGUGCAGCCACACCACAUUAGUGUCUCUGUAAAAGAACUAGACCUGUAUUUGGCUUACUUCAUUCGAGAGAGAGAUUCUGAACAGGAUAGCAGCCCUCGCACAGUUAUAGGCUCAGACCUGGAGGACACUAAACCGAUUAAUUUGGAUAUGACAGAUUUCCAAGAGAGUUUUGUCACUUCUGGUGUUUUCAGCGUGACAGAGUUGAUUCAAGUAUCUAGAACCCCAGUUGUGUCUGGCACAGGACCCAAUUUCUCUCUAGGAGAGCUACAGGGACACCUGGCAUAUGAUUUAAACCCAGCUGGAACUGGUAUGAGAAGAACCCUCCCUAGCACGUCAUCAAGCGGGAGUAAGAGGCACAAAUCUGGGUCUCUGGAGGAUGAUGUGGACACAAGUCCUGGAGGAGAGUUCUACACAUCUCCAUCUUCUCCAACUGGGAGCAGCCGAAACUGGACAGAGGACAUGGAGGGAGGAAUGUCUCCCACUGUGAAGAAGUCUGAAUUGGACAAAUCACCAUUUCACAGCCCAUCUCCUCAAGAUACUUCCCCAAGAAUCAGUGGCUUCACACAACAUCACAGGCCGGUCAUAGCUGUGCACAGUGGUCUUGCCCGAAGUCCCCACACUUCCACUACGUUACACUUCCCACCUUCCUCCCUCCUUCCCCAGGCUGCCUCCACUUACUUUCCACAUACAGCUAUUCGCUAUCCCCCUCACCUAAAUCCUCAGGAUCCCCUGAAAGACUUGGUGUCGCUUGCCUGUGACCCAUCCAAUCAGCAACCAGGCCCGCUGAAUGGGAGUGGCCAGGUGAAAGUUUCGAGUCACUAUAUCUCCACGCAGAUGUUGGCCCCGCCUCCUCCAGGGAUGACCCGCCUGUCAUUGCCCUCCGACACCAAAUCUACCACAGCAUCCGACGGUGGUAACUCCUCACCCACUUCUCCAACAUAUUCUUCCCCUAGUACACCUCCUGCCAAUCGAUCCUUUGUAGGGCUUGGACCCCGGGAUCCUGGGAGCAUAUAUCAGCCACAGUCAUGGUACUUGGGAUAGCAGCCUGGCCUACCUCCCAUCCACUGGAACCAGCAGACAUAAAACGAAGGUCUCUGCAAAGUUUCAUAUCCAGGACAACAGCUAAAAGUGUCUUUUUUAAAUAAAUAUUGUUCCCACAACAAAGCAAAUAAUAAAUCAGUGAUAUACUCCAGAGGUCAGUGGGAGAUGAACAAGUGAUAAUAUACUUUGAUGGUCUCAUGCAACAGGAUGUCUUAGAGCGUUUGCUCUUGCAUUAUGGAUUUUGAGAAAAUAUACAUGUAACGGUAUAUGAUUUUAAUAUUCUUUUAAUC